GCACCAUGUGCCACGAGAAGCGCGCUUUCAGGCGACGCGCUUGAACGUGGAUUGGUACGGAGCUGAGUGAGAGAGAGAGACUGGCUUCUUUCUGUUUUUUCUUCGGUUUCAUAUAAAUAUGUCUCAUUCGGAGAAAAGUAGAAAUUUGGACAUUUUCUUUAAAUGAACGCUGCCCGUUGAGGUGAAAGCAAACAAGGGUUAAAAUGAACGAAGGAUUUGAAAACAACUUGACUCAACUGAAUGACAACUGGACGUUGUACAACUCCUCCCUGGAGUCUGUCAUACCCAGGAGCAACAUCACUUAUGUUGGAUUUUACCUGCAUCAGCCAUCCACGGCAGCCAUCUUCAUCGUGUCCUACCUGCUGAUUUUCCUCGUGUGCAUGGUGGGAAAUGGAGUGGUGUGCUUCAUCGUGCUGAGGAGCAAAAAUAUGCGGACUGUUACCAAUUUGUUCAUCCUAAACCUUGCCGUGAGUGACCUGCUGGUGGGGAUUUUCUGCAUGCCAACAACGCUUCUUGACAACAUAAUUACAGGAUGGCCUUUCGGAAGCUUGGUCUGCAAAAUGAGCGGCAUGGUUCAAGGCAUCUCUGUGUCAGCUUCUGUCUUCACGCUCGUCGCUAUUGCUGUUGACAGGUUCAGAUGCAUCGUCUACCCAUUCAAGCAAAAGCUGACCAUCUCCACAGCCACACUGAUAAUAGUCAUCAUCUGGGUUCUGGCCGUAUCCAUCAUGUGUCCCUCUGGCGUGAUGCUACAAGUGACCAAGGAGCAAACCAUCCGGGUGUUGCUGGGAUAUGAUAACAAAACUAUUCCUUUUUAUUGGUGCAGAGAGAACUGGCCAAACCAAGACAUGAGAAAGAUUUACACCACAGUCCUGUUUGCCAACAUCUAUCUUGCCCCUCUUUCCCUCAUUGUGAUCAUGUACGCCCGGAUUGGGAUUACGCUUUUCAAAACAGCAGUUCCAACGGGAGGAAAGCCGGGCCACGAGAACCGCCACACGGUGUCCAAGAAAAAGCAACGUGUCAUUAAAAUGCUUCUCAUAGUUGCUUUGCUCUUCAUCCUGUCCUGGCUGCCUCUGUGGACUCUCAUGAUGUUGAGCGACUACGCCAGGCUGACUGAGCAGCAGUACAGGAUCAUCAACAUUUACAUCUACCCCUUUGCCCACUGGCUGGCCUUCUUCAACAGCAGCGUCAACCCCAUCAUCUACGGUUUCUUCAAUGAGAAUUUCCGCAGAGGCUUUCAAGCCGUGUUCAAGUUCAGCCUGUGCACAGCCGACGGCCAGCGGAGGAAAACCUACUCGCACAGGCUGCAGGGAAACUCUGUCCUCCCUGCGAAUAAUGCACAGACCUGCCUGGAACCCAUCUCUCUCAACAGCUUGGAAAAGAACACGUCCAGGCGAAUCAACCAUGUCACCGAGCAGGAUUUGGUCAUGGAGGACCUGGAAAAGGCAUCUUGCAGUAGUGGGGGUGUGACUGCAGUGUCUAUUUGAGGACGCACACACACACUUUGUUGUAGGUGGUGAGGAAAGAUAUUUGAAUCUUAAAUCAUGCUGUGCUGUGCCUAAGAAAACCACGAGGCUCCCUUAAAUAGAUUUUACAAGCGGAUGGUGAGCUGGAAAAUGUCCAAGAUUUCAAUACAAUACAAGAUUUCAAGGCAAGAAAAUAAAUAAAAAUAAUAAAUACACAUCUUUAAGGGACUAGUUUUAAGGGGAACACAGCCUUUGGUUGUAAUCUUAUCACUUCAGAUGCACACCAUGUGACACACGUGCAAGGGCAGGACUUAAUAUUCCUGCUGUCCGUUGCAGAAUGGUCAAUUAGACUUGUCAAUAUUGCUUUGAUAACAGGCUGCUGCACACUUGACAUACAGAUGGUGUCAAAUUAAAGGGGAAAAAAGAGCAGCCAACAACACCAUGUAAGAUUUCAGGUCCAAAACUGUGACGGAGGGAUGAGCGCCAUCCUUUCAAAAUGCAUUUCUAGUCUUUUAAUGAUUCAUAACUUUUUAAGGAGCCCCUGUCAAACUUGAAGAAACUGCCCUGAUCACGACAGAAACGUUUCAUUAUAGGAGACAAAAACAGACGUACAAAUCUGAUAAAUGUCCCCGAAAGCAUAAAAGAGCCCCCAGAUCCCUUCACAGUAAUGCUCAAGUGUCCCUUUAAUCUUUAAUCUGCACCAUAUAAAAUUUCUGUGUAUAAAUGUAUAAAGAUGCAUCAAACAUGACAGCAUGACACUUGCAGAGAAGAUUUCAAGAUAUGUCUUUGUAAUGUGGCAAACUACACGAACAAAAAUUCUCCCAACAUCUGUCUCGUAUUAUUCACUGCUGCUGCUGCUGAAACCUUCGGCAACUUUCAGAUCACGAGGAGAAAUCCCACGUUGUGUGGUUUGUGUCGCCUAAUGUUUGAACUGCUUUAUUAAGUCAAACAACAUACACAAGAUAUAAAAGUCAAAGGGCUCAAAUGAGGAAUAAAGGAGUUGAGAAAAGAAGUGGAGGUUGAUGUAGCAACUAUUAGCAAGUAUUAGUCAUCACGAUCUUUUAUAUUCACAGAUGCAUUAAUACAUGAGAACAGUUCUUUUUUUAAAGCGAGGCAUGUUUUUAUGCUCUGCUAUCACAGCCACAGCAUAUCACACUCACUUCAGAGAUCAACUAACAAGUAAUUUCAGUAAAUAUGAAAUCUUUUUCUAUGAUUUUUAUGCCAUUAAUCUAGAGGCUUACAACAAGCUGUUUUGUAACCCAGUUUGUAGCUGCUCCUAUAAAAAUGGUGCAGAAAGGUGACAUCUUUACACUAAGAAAGGCAAGUUUGUGUGAAUCAACUCAAAGGAGGAGAAGUAGUAGACUGUAAAGCAGGAGCAAUCAGCCUUUUUAAAUAGCCUCAGAGGUGAUUGCUGACUGGAGUCAGGUGGCAAACGAGGCUAAUCAAAAGCAGCUGUGUCCUGGGGAGAGAGGAGAGUGAGA